AUGGAGACGGAAAGCAACGGAAAAACUCCGAUAGGAGAAAUGAAUUCCUCUACGGAAAAUCUAGCAAAUCAGAUAUCUAUGUCAAAUUUAACAUCUAUAGAUAAUAUAAAAACUCAAAAAAUAAACAUGGACGAAAACAAUUACAACUACUUUAAUUAUGCAGAAAAUGAGACCCCCCUUGUGAAAAAUGAACAUGAGCAAUUCAAUAAUAUAUCUGCAGAGAUACAUGGAAAGACCAUUUUCAGUGAACGUAAUUUAAAACAUGAUUAUAUCAAUAAUUUCCAGAUGAAUUUACCAAACCAUGAAAAAGACGAUGCGGAAAACUCGUACACAGACACAGAGGUACAGAUGAGGAAUCAACAAAACAUUUUAAAAAUUCUGGAAGAUGAUGAUGUACAGGUGGAAUUUGAAGGUGCUCCGGGGAUGGGUACCUCUAUUGAAGGGCAACAUCUUUCGGAAGAGAUGGGUGUCUGCACGGGAGAAAACCCGUUAGAAAAUACAGCCGAUGCAGAAAAUGGGGGAAAUGACUCCAUCCUAACUGAUGGAGAAGACACAAAGGGAGAGUUGUUAAAAGAAGCAGACCUAAAUGAAAACCCCCUAUCAGUUAGAACCAACCUUCACCAAGUUCCUUCGAACCAUGAGGAACAUCUCGAAAAGGAGGACCACGGGGGAGAAAUCACAGGAGUCGCAACGACAGCUGGGGGGGAGAAUCUGUUUGGAGAACCCAACAAGGGAGACGACAAUGCAAUGAAUCAUUCCCAUACUUUUAAAGAAAAAGCAGAAAUUAAUAUAAUUCAUAACAAGGAUUUGAUCAAGGCGAAAAAAAGUAAAGACAAGAGUACGGAAAAGUACAAGAACAAAUACAAGAAUAAAUUUCUGCAUCUCUUCCGAAAGAAAAAUUGCUCUAAUAAGAUCAAGGACCAACACAUGUUUACGAAUGAGGCGGUUUGCGUUAUGGAAAAAGAGGAGGAGAAAUGUGGAACCAGUAGCACCGAUGGUAGUAGUGGAAGACAGUAUGUUCAAGAGAACCUCAGUCCUAGCUUCAAUCUGUACAACCGAAAUGAUUGGAAGGGGGAAGUCCAAGAGAGGUGCAAAGAAGGAAAGGGUGUAAACAGUGAGAUACAUAUUCCUAUACAAAUUGUAACGGGAGAAAUACAGUUAUAUGGAGAGAAGGAAAACAUGAUGGCAACCGUCAGGGAGAGUCACACAUGUUCCAUCAAAACGGAAGAUAAUCUCAUGAUGGAUAUGCAAAAUGAAAAUAUGGCAGGCGCUGAUUUGGAGAGACACACAGGUAAUAUAGGAACAACUGAAGGAAUAGCUACAUACGCAUCGGGAGAUAGACAUGCCCAGGGACGAGAACAGAAACUUUCAUUCGAAUGGAUCGAUAGAAAGAAUUACAGUUUAGAGAAAAUAAAAUCCUUCAUGUCUAACAACACCUUUUUAAAAGAUAAAAAAUAUUUUCUACAAAAAAAAAAAACGCAACUAUCGAAGGAAGUGAAUUUUUUUUGUCAUCAUUACAACGUUCUUUUGUGCUUUUUUCUGUACAUAGUCUGCUUUGCCUUCGUUAUGGCAUCCAUCUGUUACGACUCAUGGAAGGUGCAUCAAAUGGAACUAAAAUCCGAGAAUAUCGAGAAAGUAGUGCACAUUGAUAUCGGUGCAACGACCAUUAGACGGGUGCAAAAAGUUUCUAAACAAAACGGAGAUGUGACUCUCUCCAUUGACAAGGAGCAAACAAUGGACUCAUUAAUAGAGAAUGAAAUUUGCAGGACAGUUACGAAAGAUGAAUUAGAAGACUUCCUAACAUUUUUGGCAUCUAACAAUAAAUUAAAAUAUGAACAGAAUCUAAUUGAUCCCACAAAAGGAAAGGUAUCUGAUGGUUUCCUUUUAGAUGCGCUGAAAAAUCCAGCACACGUAGGACUACUAAAGGACGAAAAGUUAGUUUUAACAAGGAAGCAUAUUUUCGGACCAACCAUCUACAAUCUCGAGUGUAAAUUUUUGGAAAAGAUAAAAAAGGCAGGAACGUAUCAUAAGAUUCUUCUUUACGCAAUAUUAUUUUUUUUACUCAUUCCAAUUUUUCUUUUGUUUCAUAUUUUACUGAAUUACAAAAAGGAGAAGAAUGUACAGCUGGUGAAAUAUAUCUCCUUCGUUUUUGUUAAUUUGGCAUUGAUUACGAUGAUCUCCUCUCUCUUUUCUGUGAACCGAGCCUACAACAUCCCCUUGUGUGUUAUGCAUGAUGGAAGUUCCGAUAUCUGUCAAGAUGGUUCCUCCAUCCACUUUAUUCGCUCGUCCAUCAUCUUGUUAAUUUUUUCAAAUUUGUUCUUUUGCAAGUUUGUUCAUGUUGUUCGAAAGAAGAAUAGCACUCUCUCCGGUUCCCUCGUUUGA